ACGCGAGCGGCAGCCAUAUUUAGUUGCUCCGAUCGCGCGACUGUGGACGCACGCUGCUCCACGAUGUGCGAAAUCAGCGCAGAUAAACUAAUAAAAGCUGUUAAAGCGAGGCCUUCGUUGUACAACAAGGCAGAUGCUAGGUACCAUGCGCAUAAUAAAUACAAAGGAAAGAUAUGGAAAGAAGUUUGCCGGGAUGUUUAUCCGAAUUGGGACCAAUUGCAACCAUCGCAGAAGGUUGAAUAUGAUCUUGAACUGCAAAAACGAUGGAAGAGUCUACGAACUUGUUUCACGCGGGAACUGGCAUUACAAAAAAAAGAUCAGAUGAAGAAAGAUGAUCCUGAUGAUGACUAUGGUCCUCAUAAAAAACGAAAGAAAUAUGAAUAUUUCGACGCCAUGAGUUUUCUUCUCUAUCCAGAAAAUAUAGAUUUAGAAGCAGAUACAGAAGAAAGAACAAAGGAAACUAACGAAGAUAGCGAUGAAGAUUCAAGUGAUCCUUUAGAUCAUGAGAUUAAAAUAGAGAACUUUCUGUACCCGGAGCCAACCAAGACUUCCAGGAAUAUACCACAAAUAAUACCAAUUGAAAGAAAUGAAGAACAAUUCCAUUCCUAUUACGAAAAACAACAAGAGAGUAGAGUCGUGGAAGAGAAGUUACUGGACUUGUUGAAAGAGAAGAAGCUAGAAGAUGAAGAUGAAGAUAGACAGUUUAUGCUCUCUCUGAUACCAGGUUUUAAGAAAUUAAACGAUAGACAAAAAUUUGAGGCGAAAAUUGAAAUAUUGAAAGUAUUAAAAAAUAUUACUUUUCAAGAUGACAAACAAGAUAAUAACAAUAUCUAAUGUUAGUCACAUUCUUGUUUUAUUGACAUUAUCACUCAAUUAUGUUGGCAUGGUUUACAUAAGUCUUGUCUAUGAAAUGAAUAAACAAAAAAGAAAUUUAGAAAUAGCAUCUGAAAAAAAACAAU